CCUCAACCUCAACCCCAACCCCCUUUUCACAAGCAAACAAAAAAAAGAAAAACACCCUCCAAAAUGUCCGUCUCCGCCUUCACCACCGCCCUCUCGGCCGCCCAGUCCAAGGCCCAGUACACCCCCGCGGUGCAGGCCGCCGCCGACAAGGUCAACACCGACGCCUUCUCCGCCGCCAUCGCGGUCGUCCUGGCCAGCGAUGACAGCGCCUCCGUCGAGGGCGAGCAGGCCGCCGCCCUGCAGAGCGCCUUCGAGUUCGCCACCCUGCUCGUCAAGCAGCUGGCCUCCGAGCCCGGGCAGACCGAGAUGUUGACUCUUUACAAGUACUUCAAGCGCUCGAAAAACGACGAGCCCGCUCAGCCUUCUUUCUAUCAGUUGGAGUCCAAGUACAAGUACAACGCCUGGAAGGAGAUCAGCCACAUCAGCCAGCAGCGCGCUCAGGCCAACUACAUCAAGGAGGUUAACGACCUCAUCGAGAAGUACGGUACCCAGUAGAUGACGGAAAGAAAGCGUGACUGAGACAUACCUACAUUUGUUGGUUAUGGAACUCUGGGGACUUUUUUUGCUAUCUGCUUUGGGUUCUCGCUUUUUUUCUUGGUUCAAUUCUCUCUUCCAUUUGGCCUAUGGAUAGUCGAAUGAGUGUGUGUGUGCCCUCUUGAUUAUGCAAUGUUAUGAGCGAAGCAGCAUAUUCUGCCGUCCGUCUUGUUGUUGAAUCCCCGAAUUGAGGUAGGGGUGUCGAUUGUAUAGAGUUGAGGGGGUGGUGUGUGUGUGUUGGGUAAGUCAUAUAUAUAUGUCGAGUGCUCUGGUUCCGCUUGGGCUUUCCAUUCUCAACCUUCCC